ACAGUUAGUACCCAAAACAAAAAGCAGCCAACUUUCCAUUUUCCAAUACCAAUAAAACCAAAAGAUUGGUUCCACUCUUCAAUUUUUCAAAUUACCCAAAAAAAAAUAACUUGGGGUUUCCAAAAAAACAGUAAAAAUAAAAUUUCAAAAUUUUGAAAAAAUAGGAUGAAAUCUGGAAAGGGUCAUCAUAUGGAAGAAGAAGAGGAUGAGUAUAAUUUUGGUUCUAACAGAGAUGCCACACCUUCAAGUAACAGUACUAAAGUGACAGAUGGGAAGAACAGUGACAAGGCAAAUGCAAUUAGGUCGAAGCAUUCUGUUACAGAGCAGCGUCGGAGGAGCAAGAUCAAUGAGAGAUUUCAGAUGUUGAGAAAUUUGAUACCCCAUACUGAUCAAAAACGAGAUACCGCGUCAUUCUUGUUCGAGGUAAUUCAGUACGUACAGUAUUUACAGGAUACAGUACAGAAGUAUGAAGGAUCAUAUCAACCUUGGAGCUCGGAGCCUACAAAACUUAUGCCAUGGAGAAACAGUCAGUGGCACGCACAGAGUUUUCCUGCAAACCCUCAAGCCUUGAACAAUGGUACUGACACAGGACCAACAUAUUCAGGAAGGUUUGAUGAGAAUCUCUUAACCGUCACUUCGUCUAUGCAAGCCAAUCAACGGAAUCCACUUGAAUCUCAUCCUGGUGGUGAUGUUAAAUCGAUGGAUCAAGAAAAGGAACUAGCUAGAAUGGCAAUCGCGACAUCGAUGCCUCUUCAGGCUAGUAUGCCAGUCCCUUUUCAGAAUGAUAGUUCCUUCUCUGACUCACUACCCACACCUGCUUCUGAUGAAUGCCCCAGCACCACUAAUGCUCUGAAUAAUCAGGAGUUUAUGGUAGAAGGUGGCACAAUCAACUUUUCGAAUACUUACUCUCAAGGGUUACUGAAUUCGUUGACCCAAGCGCUACAGGCUACUGGCCUUGAUCUUUCACAGGCCAGUAUAUCAGUGCAGAUUAAUCUAGGGAAGCGGGCAAACAAGGAUGCUAAGGAUACAGAAAAUCCUCCACCUGCAUCUGGCGAUCAAUUUAUGGACGAAUUUCAGGAUAUAAACAAUGAUGAAGAGUUGGACCGAGCUCAAAAGAGGCUGAAGAAAUAGAUAUAACUAUGUCUAGCAUGGCAAUACCAAGUCAAAUCAACUCAAGUUUGCAUCACCUUCGCGUAAAUCAGUUGAGUGUAUAUCCUGCGUUUCUUUUGAUAACUUUCCUUUUUCCUUGUCUGUAGUUAAACACGAAUUCGACAUGUUC